GCGGGGGCAGGGCGCCUGGUGGGCGGGUGUCGUUUCCCUGCCACGCCUCGCGGGAGUUCUGUGGCCGCGGCGCGGCUGAGAGGGGCGCCAACCGUCCCUUGGGAUGGCGUCGAGCGGCCCCGCGGAACAGCCGCCGCCAAAGGAGGAGGGUGGAGGGACAGCGCCCUGCAAGUCUCCGGCUGCCUGUCGGUGCCCCGACACAGCGGAGCUCUGCCCUAGCAACGGGAGGAGCCCUCGCCUCCUCCCUGUCAGCCCCGGAGGGAGUCGAGGGGAAACGGAGGCGAGGCCGCUGCCUCGGCCGUUCCCUUCUCACCUCGGCGCCCUGAGCGGCCGCGAGAAGGUGGCCUUGUACUGCGACAGGCUCCUGAAGGGCUGCAAGGCAGAAGAUGCCAAUGAAGCUGUUAGUAAAUAUCUUUUGGAGAAGUUGAAGAAGAAGGAAAAAUGGCUUGGAGUUUGGCAGACCAAUCCAGAACUCUUUUUUGUCUGUUCUGAAGAAAUUUCCAUAUCAUAUGUCGGUGUGCUUGUUGAGGUUACUUGUAAGCACCCACCAAGUCCAUCUGCAAACUUCAGUUUUUCUGUAUCUGUAGCUGAACCCUUCUCUUCUAAUAUUGCAAAUAUUCCAAGACAGUUAGUGGAUGACAUUCUGGAAAAGAUGGAUUAUUGUGUACCUCUUUUGGAAGUCUACCCUGUGGAGGGGCAAGAUAAUAUAGUGUUUGAUAUAGCCAAAGCACUGGAAAUUGUGAGGUUUUAUUAUGACUUUCUUUGGAGAGACUGGGAUGAUGAUGAAGAUAGUGAGACAUAUGCUGCACUGAUAGAAGAGAGAAUUAAAAUUUGGUGCGAUAUUCAGAAUGGGAUUAUUCCUGCUCCAGUUGCUCAUCGUUUUAAACGAAAUCUGGAUAAAUACAAGAGCAUGCAUUUGGAACUGAUUCAUUACCAGAGUACUAUUAAGGAACAGCCCACAGCAGAAGAAGCUGUUGAAUGUUGGAAAAAAUACUAUGAACUAAUAAUGCUCUGUGGACUGUUAAAAAUAUGGGAAGAUUUACGCCUAAGAGCUCAUGGACCUCUGACACCAAGAAUAUUAAAACGGAGGAAAGGCCUCAGAGAAGAUGGGAAAACUGUAACUUACAUAGUUGGAAGUACAGUGACAGCAGAAAUGGUUAAAGAUUUAUCCUCUGACACACUUCUUCAGCAUCAUGAUAACCUAAACUCAGCUUUGGAUAGUUGUUACAGUGGAGAUACUGUACUUAUUUUUCCAGGAGAAUACAGAGCAGCAAAACUUUCUAUGUUAACUGAAGAUAUCAUUAUUAAAGGAGUUGGAAGACCAGAAGAAAUUGUAAUUGUUUCAGAGCCUGGCCAUGAUAGCUUUGUAGUAUCCAGAGCCCAAAUUGUGAAAUUAAUGAAUAUUACUUUGCUCCAGCAAGGAACUGUUGAUGGUAUUAUAGUUGUUGAAUCUGGACAUACAGUUUUGGAGAACUGCAUACUGAAUUGUGAAGGAACUGGUGUCUGCGUACUGGUUGGAGCUUUUCUGACCAUUAUAAACAGUGAGAUUACUGGAGCACAGGGUGCUGGAGUUGAGUUGUACCCAGGAAGCACAGCGACUUUGGAGGGUAACAAAAUCCAUCACUGUAGUAACUUCAGAACCAGUGACACCUCACAAGGCAGUCUUGGUGGAAUCAACAUCAAGGUUCUUCCUGCCCCUAAAUUAAGGAUGAAAAAUAAUCAUAUUUAUAGUAACAAUGGCUAUGGAGUGACAAUUAUUAAGCCUUCUGAACAGCUGUAUCCUGCAGAUGAAGAAAGAGUGGAAUGUGCUGCGGCAGGAGAUGGAGAAGAUUCUGUUUCCAAGCUAAUGCAGGAACUGAGCCUUGAGAUAAGCACUAACACAUUAGAAGACAGCACAAAAGGCAUCAGCAUAGUUAACUGGAACUAGGUUUCACCUAGUUUCAACUAUUUGCUGUAGUACAAAGGAAAUUUUGCUUCAUUAAAAUAUAUUACUGAGCAUUACUUUGAGUAUUUUUAAAACAUGAAAUACGCAAUUGAGUACUA